CCUUGGGCGCGUUGCUUUACCAUAAAUUCUCACGACCGACGACGACCUUCCCUCCUUCAGCCAUUCUCUCCUGCAAACAUUCCGCUGAUGAUUCUCGUCACUCUUUAAUCAAUUUUAAUGCUUGCGCGAGAUCGACGUCAUUGAGCGCGAUCGUCUUUCAACUUCAACCGCGUUUCCCGCGUCUUCUGCGAUCGGUUUCACACAACCUGCUCUUCAAACAACAAAUUCGUACGGGCAGAGCUGCCAUCGAAGAUGUCAGGCUUUGGGGGAUUUGGCUUCGGCGCCAAUAACAACAACCAGCAGCCGCAGAAUACUGGUUUUGGGGGGUUUGGAGCUGCCAAUAAUACCACCAACACAGGCUUCGGCACAGGCAACACCGGUUUCGGAAGCACGAAUAACAAUACAACUGGUGGACUGUUCGGUGGAGGAUCUACUGGUGGUUUCGGAAGCUCUGGAGGUGCCUUUGGCAGUACGAGCAAUAAUGCUUUUGGAGCAAAGCCGUCUGGCUUUGGCGGAACUACUACAAGUGCUGGAACAAGCUUAUUUGGAGGUACAACAGCUACUGCUGGCUCAGGCGGAUUUGGUGGCUUUGGCGGAACACCAGCAUCGGGUUCCUCUCCGUUCGGCGGCAACAACAACACAGGAGGAUCGUUGUUUGGAGCGAACAAGCCAGCAUUUGGGAAUGCAGCAUCUACUUCCGGCCCUUUUGGUGGUGGGGCCAGCUCUGGCUUCGGAGGCAAUACAGGCGCCUUUGGCUCUCCUGCGUCAACUGCUCUAGGAGCAACAACUGGUGAAUGCCAAGGCACCGGAAGCGUCCCAUUCCAAGCCUUCGUCGAGAAGGAACCUAACAGCAGCACAAACCAACAGAAUGCUUUCCAAAGUAUCUGCUUCCAACAACCAUACCAGAAAUUCUCACCUGAAGAAUUGAGAUUGGCGGAUUACAACCAAGGCAGAAAGUUUGGCAAUGCUAGCAACCAAGCUGGAGCUUUUGGCACAACAAAUUUCGGUGGAUUUGGCACAAACAACACGGCCAACACUGGGUUUGGUGCUGCGAAUACGAACACAGGAUCGAAUCUGUUCGGUGGAGGAGCAAGCAACACAUCUUUUGGCGCGAGCCAACCUGCCUCGACUGGAUUUGGUGCGGCCAACAAUACAGCCUCUACUGGUCUUUUCGGUGCAAAGCCAGCAGGUGGUCUCUUUGGAGCACAACCUGCUGCACAACCGUCUGGUGGUCUGUUUGGGAAUUCAAACAAUACGGGAUUUGGCGCAAACACUGGUGGUUUUGGUUCAACCAAUACCACUACCACCAACUCACUCUUUGGCAAUUCCAACACAGCCAAUAAGCCUGCUUUCAGCUUCGGCGGUGCAGCAUCCACACCAGCUUCGACUGGCACAGGAUUUGGCGCUUCUACCACCCCAAGUGCUUUUGGUGGUGGAGGUUCAUUGUUUGGCGGCAAUAAUGCACAGCAAACUGCUACGACCAGCUUUGGUACUCAACAACCAGCCGCCACUACCGGCUUUGGCUUUGGAGGUUCUACCACCCAAAACACUGGCAACACAUCCCUCUUCGGUGGUAACCAGCAAAAGCCAACUGCUGGACUCUUCGGUGCACCUGCUUCGAACACGGGUCUUUUCGGUAAUACUCAACCUGCGGCAAAUACCAAUGCUUUCGGAGGCUCCACCAACACUUCCACAUCAACUGGUUUGUUCGGUAACAAGCCAGCUGGUACUAACUUGUUCGGCAAUUCUACCCCACAGAAUAAUAACUCCGGCAGUAACCUGUUUGGCGGCGGCUUCGGAGCACAGAAUCAGAAUCAGACCCAAAAUCAACCUGCUACUGGUGGAUCGACUUUAUUUGGUCUCAGCAACAAUAACCAACAGAAGCCAUCCCUGUUCGGUAACACGAACUCCCAGCAACAGGGCGGUCUAAACCUGUUCGGUACUACUGGAAACCAACAGCAGGGCAACAAUCUUUUUGGAAGUUUGAACAACAACCAGCAGCAACAGCCAUCGCAACCGUCCAACUCUCUCUUUAGCAAUUCGAUGUUCAAUACCUCCCAGCAAGGUCAACAGAACCAACAAGCCUUGACAGCCAGCAUAGGCGAUAAUGGUGCUUUUGGUUCGUCUUCCUUGUUUGCCAACCUUGCCUCUACCCAGGUCAACAAUCCUGGUCCAAUUGCUACUCCUCUCUCCAGUUCUGUUAAGCAAAAGAGGGCUCCCGCUGCGCUCCCGAUGUACAAGCUGAGUACUCCAUCCGCUUCCCGCUUCUCGACCCCAACAAAGCGCGGCUUCGGAUUUUCCUACAGCACUUACGGCACUCCUGGAAGCGCCUCGAGCACUGCUAGUACUCCGGGGACUUUCAGCAGCAGCUUGCUUAGCGGAGGCACUUUCAACCGCACUCUCAGUAAGAGUGUCUCGACGAGCAGCCUUCGCCGAAGCCUUAGUACGGAAGAUAACAUUCUCGCACCUGGAGCUUUCUCUUCCAGCUCUAGCGUCCAACGCUUUGGCAGCACGGGCAGCGUUAAGAAGUUGAAUAUCAAUAGGAGCCUUCGCCAGGACUUAUUCUCUCCGCCAAAUGCUCCACCCCAACAAAACCCUUCCACUCCUCUUCCAGGUAUUCUAAAGAAGCGGGUCUCGUUCGGCGGUAAUGGCAAUGGAUCCGAAAGUCCGCUAAAGCAGGUGGACAAUGUAGCUAGUCCAAGCUCAGAAAAUAUGGGCUACCUUCGACCACCGCCUGGCACGAACGGUACUAAAUUGAAUGGAACCCAUUCUCAACAAGAGAUGGAGCAAGUUACCAAUGAGCGUAAUCAGCUCACCAUCGUUAGAGAGGAAGAACCUGCUCCACCCGUUCAACCUCCUACUAGAUCUGUCAGUCAAGAGGACCAGGAGCCUGGCGAAUACUGGAUGAAGCCCACUAAGGCGGAGAUCGAAGGCAUGAGCCGCGUGCAACGAUCUAAAGUCGAAGGCUUCACUAUUGGUCGCAAAGGCAUCGGUCAUAUUCGUUUCAACGUUCCUGUUGAUUUGACAAAACUUAAUAUCGAUGAUAUAAUUGGCAACAUUGUGACGCUCAAUAUUCGAUCUGCCACCGUUUACUCGAAUCCUGCAAAGAAGCCACCUAUGGGUCAAGGAUUGAACGUUCCAGCCACCAUUGCUCUAGAGAAUUCUUGGCCGCGCAAGAAGGAUCUCAAGACACCGACUGGAGAGAAGUCUGGUACUCGCUUCAAGAAGCAUAUCGAACGUCUCAAGAAGGUCCCAGAUACCAAUUUCCUGAGUUACGACAAAGAUUCUGGUAUUUGGGAGUUCUCAGUCGAGCAUUUCACUACCUACGGAUUUCCUGAAGAUGAUGAUGAGACGGAUCUGGACAGAACUAGCGAAUUUGGACAGAGUACCCUGAGUGCUCCCCCUGAUACUCCUACGCCAAAGACCCGUACGCCAGGCUCCGCUCGCCACGAUCAAUCUUUCGCUUCUACAUCGCAGCUUACCACCACUGAUUCUGAUCCAGAUGAUACCUUCGAAUUCAGAACCAAGAGAAAACCCCCUCCUGGUGCAUUUGAUGAGCAAGUGGAAUAUGUGGGCGAUGAAAUGGACGAGGAGUACGAUGAGGGUAACCAGGAGUCUUUUUUAGAUGAGCGCUCCGUGGGUUCGCCAUCCGAGAACGGCGUCGAAGAACCAAUGGACCAAGACGACGUUUUUCAUGAUGGCGAAUCUGUCAGCAUUGUGGAUCAGGAUAUGGCGGGCUCCUAUCCCGAGGCUGACAAUACCGCGGAGCUUGGUGAAGACUCGCAAGAUGAUGAAGACAUGGAUGUUAUGGCGCAAACACCAGGUGUUGUUAUGAGAGCAAGACUGAGAGCAUCAAAGAUCGCAAGCACACCAACGAAGUUCUCGGCUGGAGAUGAUUGGGCGAACACCUUGAAGAAGACGGUCAGCCCGCAAAAGCAAGAUCGCGCAUUGCUCAAAAGCUUGAUCGACAUUCACGGCAACGAACAGGGACCUGAACCUACACCGAUGCCAAGAAGACAUGUCUCUGAUGGCCGUGGCUUUGCUACCAGCAUCGAUUUGAUGAAUUCUUUAUUCGGCCAGGCCCGAAGUCCAAUCAAGACUGCAAAGAAUCCCGUGAAGCCCAAAGGUUUUGAGUGGCCAUAUCCCAAGAGAACAAAAACUGGAGAUCACGACAUGUCUCCUAUGGAUGAUACCGAACGCGCCUUCCACGACUCUAUGAAGCCAUCUUGGGGAGUUGACGGCACCUUGGUUUAUGCUGCCCCACCAAAUGCCAAGCCGUUUGGCAGAUCUUCUCGUCGUAUCCGUAAUACAGAUGGCCUACUAGCAGUCCAGAUCGGAGGCGUUGUCUCGGAGAAUCGUGAUGUCCGGUUUGCCAAGUUUUCAAAUGAGGCUUCAGCAGCACACUUGGAAAAACACAAGCAGCUGACGCAGAUCAACAACUCUAAUCGUGUCCCUUCAGCUGGCCUUGACGCACAAUUUACGUUCUCUGAACUCAUCAAUCUUCACACUUCCAAAGAACCAGCUGCAGUUCACGAGAAGUUGGUAUGGCAAUUGGCCAGUAUUCUCUUCGACGAAAUGGUCAUUCCUGAGGAGCUGAGAGAUGUUCCAAAGGUGAAGGAUAGGCUCCGGAAAGACAAGCUAUCGAUCUUCUGGCAGAGCUUGGUAGACGAGGCAUCCUCAAAACAUGUUGCUUUGGGCAGAGACGAAGAGGAGAAGGCCAUAGCAUGUCUUUCUGGACACAAGAUUGCCGAGGCUUGCGACCUCCUCGUCAACAGCGGAGACUACCAUCUUGCUACUCUCGUUGCGCUCAUUGGUAGUCAGGACAGCAUCAGACAAGACAUGCGCCAGCAACUCAAUGACUGGCAAAAGUCAAAUGUUCUUUCCGAGUUCAGUCAACCCAUCCGAGCUAUCUACGAAAUCAUUUCUGGUAAUGUCAGUGUGUGCGAUGGCCAGAAAGGUGACAUCGAAAACCGAACUGAGUCCUUCAUCAUUUCCAAACGCUUUGGUCUUGAUUGGCGACAAGCGUUUGGUCUUCGACUCUGGUACGGUCUUUCUACAAAGGAGCCAAUUGACGCUGCUGUGGAGGCUUUUGCUACGGACCUAUCUCAAGACAAGGAGACUGCGAAGCCCGUCCCAUGGUAUAUUGAACAGAAGUUACCAGUCAUUUGGGAAGAUAGGAGACGCCUACAACGACAAGAUCUGCUCUGGGGAUUAUUGAAGCUCUUCAGCUUUGACAACAUUGACCUGGAAGACAUUCUUUGUCCAGAGAAUUCUCAACUGUCUCCUCUCGAUGUUCGUUUGAACUGGCAAUUAUGUCAAGCUCUGACCACAGCUCGUCAUGUUCAGUUCACCGAGACCGAUGGAGAGAAGGUUGACCGUCUCACACUUUCGUUUGCUGCUCAAUUGAGUAACGAAGGUAGUUGGCUCGAUGCUGUUUUUGUGCUGCUUCAUCUCUCCCAUAGUGAUGCUAGAGAGACCGCACUCCAAGAUCAUCUCGCUCGACACGCUGGUUUGAUAGGCGAAGCUGACAGCCAAGCAUUCUCCACUCUGAUUCAAACCUACAAGAUUCCUGCAGAUUGGAUCUGGGAGGCAAAGGCUUUGUACAUGCGUAGUGUGGAGAAGGACCCUCGAGCAGAAGUUGAGUGCUUGAUCAAUGCAGGUGCAUACAACGAGGCCCAUCGUACAUUCGCCAAAGAGGUUGCCCCCCUUGCCGUCAUCGAGCUUGAUUAUACUACGAUCCGAAACCUCAUCUUAGGAUUUUCUGGCAAGGAGGACACGAUUGCAGAAUGGCACCUUGGUGGCGAGAUUUACACGGAUUUCCUUCGACUCCUGGAUGCUGAGAAGCAUGGUAGUGUUGAUGAUCUUGUACUGGAAAGAUUGUUGGCUGGUCUUCCGGCUGUCCUUGAAGAGGCACGUCACCCUUCUUUUAUGGAAACAGUGGCCAUCGAGACUAUCAGUGGAGUUGUUGCUAAGACCGUUGUGGCUAUGGGCAAGAAUGGAGAGAAAUCUAAUCUCCACAAGAUACUGCGUCUUCCACUCACAGAGGACAAGUUCUUGAAGCAUACCGUGGAACUGAGCCUAGAAUACUAUCGCGGUUUAAUGACCAGUGCCCGUUGAUCAACGUUCAGCAAGCAUGAAAUGAGGAUAAGCAGAGAGAGAGCGCGACAUCACAAAUUUGUUGCAAUUCAAAAUACCCAGGCAAUUUUUCAUUCGCGGAGGAGGAGCAGCAAAAUGGGAAUAUGGAUGGCGAGCAAGGAAAUGUGAUGGAUGAAGCAGCCUUGAAACGAAUAUUGUAUUGUAGAUAGAUGAUUUUUGCCCUCCCGAUUACUGCAUUGCAUAGCGUGCAGGUGAAUGAGGGAUAGCUGGCGUACCUACUAGUAGAUAGCAUCGACGCAUGAAAUGGCUUAGAUGACCCCC